AUGGUCGCUGGCUGCGCCAUGGACCAACGACAGCGCCGCCAAGCCGAAGAAUCGAUCGCCCAGGGCCGGUUCGAAGAAGGUAUGGGUGAUUUGGCGCGCGCGCGAUCCCAGCGGCCAGACAGCGUCACGCUGAAAGUGGGUGAACUCUCCCUGCGGACACAGCUCGUCGGUGAGCUCAUCGACAAAGCCCGAGCCGCCGAGUCUGCCGGGCGCUUUCAAGAAGCCAGUGAGACCCUGCAGCGCGCACUGACCUUGGAACCGGCCAACAGCCGAGUUCAGGAGCGCCUGGCCAGUUUGGCGCUCGCUGUCACUCAGAAGGACAGGCUGGACCAGGUCGAGUCGCUCGCGUCGGCUGGAAAGUCUGCCCAGGCCCUUGCGCUGGCGGAGCAGGCCUUGCGAGAUACACCUGCACACCCCGGGCUGCUCGCUGCUCAGCGUGAGCUGCGCGCCAAGCAGCGAGAGCAGGAGAUUGCGUCCUCUCAAUCCUCUUUGGCGGAGAAGCGCCCGAUCUCUCUAGAUUUCAGGGACGCCAACCUGCGCACUGUGCUGGAUGUCGUGUCGCGCAGCAGCGGCCUGAACUUCGUGCUGGACCCCGCGGUGAAGCCGGAAAUCCGAGUCACCGUCUUCCUGAAGAACACGCCCGUCGAGGAGGCCCUCGACCUGCUGGUCAACACGCACCAGCUGGCGAAGAAAGUGCUCGACAGCAAGACGGUCCUCAUUUACCCCGCUACCCCAGAAAAGCAGAAGGAGCACCAGGAGCAAGUGGUCCGGGUGUUCUAUCUGGCCAACGCCGACGUACGCGCCGCCAGCAACUUCCUGAAGGCCAUGCUGCGCGUGAAAGAUCCCUAUGUCGAUGAGAAGUCGAACGUUCUGGCAUUGAGGGACUCGAAAGAGAACAUCAUGCUGGCCGAAAAGCUGCUCGCAGUCUUCGAUGCCAACGAGCCCGAAGUGCUGCUUGACGUCGAGGUGCUCGAAGUCACCACCAAUCGGCUGCUGCAGCUGGGUGUGAGCCCGCCGACCACCUUCUCGCUCACGCCGCUGCCGACGACGCCGAUCACCACAGGUCAGUCGAGCAGCGGCUCUUCGGGAUCGACCGCUACCGGCAUCACGCUGUACGACCUGUUGCGCAACGUGGACAGCCGACAUGUCCAGGCCAGCGUCGGCGGCAUCACCGUCAACGCCAAGAGUUCGUCAGGCGAUGUCACGACGCUGGCCAAUCCGAAGCUGCGGGCCCGCAAUCGAGAGAAGGCGAGCGUCAUGAUUGGCGACAAGAUCCCGGUGGUCACGUCGACCAUCGGCACAGGAGGCUUUGUCUCGGAGAGCAUCAGCUAUCAGGACGUCGGGCUCAAGCUCAACGUGGAGCCCACGAUCUUUCCGAACGAUGAGGUGGCCAUCAAGAUGGCACUUGAGGUGAGCACGCUGGGCGCCGCGGUCAAAUCAAGCGGUGGGAGUACCGCCUACCAAAUCAGCACCCGCAACGCGACCACGGUGUUGCGUCUGAAGGAUGGAGAAACCCAGCUGCUGGCCGGCCUCUUGAGCCGCAAUCGCGAAUCCAGCAAGACGGGCUGGCCGGGGCUGAGCGAGAUCCCCAUUCUCGGCAGGCUCUUUGCCGACCAUCAGGACGUCAACAACCAGACGGAACUGGUGCUCGCUGUGACGCCACGCGUUCUGCGAAACGUGCGCCAACCUUUGGCGCACGAAGCCGAGACUUGGGUCGGCACAGAGCUGUCGCCGCGGCUGCGCCCCUACGGCGGGAUCAGCGUCGCGCCAACCGCCGAAGAGGCUUCCCCGAAACCCAAGGCGCAGCAGAGCCCCGAAGCGAGCCAGGCUGGAUCGCCCCGGCCCUCCACGCCGACGGCUGAGUCCGUUACGGCCGCGGGCUCGUUCAAGCUGCAAUUGCUGGGGCCUGCUCAGGUCAAGUCAGGACAGACCUUCGAUGUCCAACUUGCGCUGGAGUCGCCACUGCCCAUGCGCGGCCUGCCCGCAGAAGUGAGCUUUGACCCCGCGCGGUUCAGCUUCGUCGAUGCGAUGGAGGAGCCCUUCUUUAAGCAGGGCGGUGCAGAGACGAAGUUCUCCAAGACGAUUGACGCCAGUUCCGGUCGUGUCACCUUGGGCGUCAUCCGUAUCCAGGCCACGGGCGCGCAAGGUCAAGACAAGGUGGCCACCUUGCGGUUCAAGGCAUUGGACCCUAGUGACGGUGCAGAAAUCCGCGUGACGCGCGCCAUACCGCUCACGCUGGAAGCGCCGGCGCCUGCUCAGCCUUUGCCGGCCCCUUUGUUGGUCAAGGUACUGCCGUGA